AUGCAGAGGAGCAGAGGUUGUGCCCCGGGCGGUGAGCACGCCUGGGCAGCGGCUGACGGCGGGAUACAGCUGCAGCGCCGGGAGAGGGAGCUGGUGGCGCAGCUGCACGAGCUGCUGUACCCGUCCACGUCCCCGUCUCGGAGCGGCGCGUCCUCGUGUUCUGGUCUUGCGGCUGACUUGUGUUGGGAGCACGGCAGCUCACAGGUGAAGGCAACGGCGGCGUCGUGCGCCGGAGGCAAACGGCGCGGGGGGCGCAAGAGAGUCCGGGAAGAUGAACGGCACGAGGAGGGGCAAGGACACCGCGGCGGUGCUGCGACUGCGACGAAGGCUACUACUCGUUGCAGGAGGAAGAAGCAAGGGGCGACGACGACGACGCUCGUCACGACGGUGCCGGAUUUCGACGGCUACCAGUGGAGGAAGUACGGCCAGAAGCAAAUCGAAGCGGCCAAGCACCCCAGGAAUUACUACCGGUGCACCAACAGCACGAACCAGGGCUGCCCGGCCAAACGAACGGUGCAGCGCAAUGACGAUGACGGCAGCGACGAUGGACGGCCGAAGUAUACGGUGGUGUACAUCUCGGAGCACAGCUGCAAGGCGACCGAGUCGGCGGCCGUGCCGGUGAUCCUCGAGACCACCGUCCGCACCGACACCGCAGCAGCUCCAGACGUCGCCGUCGUUCCCGGUAGCGACGGCGGUGCCAAUGUGCCGCCGAGAGAGCGCGACGAUUACUCGCGUCUGUUCGCUAUCGAGGAUGACUGCUGGGGGUGGAACGCGUCGCCGCCGGCACCCGCUGCUGCUGCUGCGUUGCUCCAGGAGAUGGACUUCGACGGGCCUAUCAGGUCGCCGGCGGAGACGGCUGACGCGGUGCCUGACCUGGAGGAGGAAUCGGCUGACGCGGUGCCCUACUUGGAGGAGCAGUCGGCUGACACGGUGCCGGACUUGAAGGAGGAGGAGGAGUCGGCUGACGCGGUGGCGGAAUUGGAGGAGCAGGAGUCUACUGAGGCGGUGGCUGACUUGGAGGAGCGGGAGUCUGCUGAUGCGGUGGCGGACUUGGAGGAGGAGCCGGCUGACGCGGUGUCGGUGGCCUUGCAAAGACAAUGCAAUCCUUGCUUCGUAGAAUGA